AUGGACCAACGUGUUCCCUGCGGCCACUAUAGAUUCCGCAAUAAUAAUGGACCAUACUGCUUGGCAAGACGCUAUACCUAUGGCGGUAGCGACGAUGAGGUUGGUCUCGUUGUUCAAGGGAGGGAGGUAGGAUACCAGAGACCCUCGAGAUGCUUCCUGCCGAGGUGCGGCCGCCGGCAACUCUAA